AAAGCGCGGGCGGCAUUUCACCAUCGCAGCUUUCCUUCUCAGCCAUACCCGCCAUUUUUGUCAUUGUUCAUCACUCACCGGGUCAUCCAUCUUUUCGCACUCGAAUCAGAAGAAAAAAAAUCCAAACAAACGUCUUUGCACAUCCACGAAUAUACCAGACGACAUGACGAGCCACGAGCAGUACAUGCUGCGCGUAACGGCAGGGCCGACAUACGAUGUGUCCAAGCAUGAGCCUGUGCCUGUGAAUCGCGAGAAGCCAGUGAGCAUAUCGUCGGACCUUAUUGACGCGAAAGUGCACAUGCGCAUCAAGGACUAUCGCGGACUACCAGAAGGCUCGCCAUCGACGUCACCAUACUUUUCCACGCCCCAGCACCCAUACGACCGGUACUCGAUAUCGUUUUCCUUUAGCCCGAAGCAGGACAUUGCAGGCGACAAGCUCGUGUUUGGAAACGACUUUGAUCACCCGAUUCGCGAUCGUCUACCGCCCCUGUUUGACAAGGCGUUUGGCAUAGUCAAGUGGUGGAUUGACCCCGGCCUGGAUGGCGAUGUAUACGCGGACGAGCCGUAUCUGUACGGUGCCCUGCUUUCAUCCAUCAACGUCUUUCGCAUUGGUAGUAAGAAGGACGAACAAUGCGAAGACAAGAGCGGCUCAGAGGACGAGGUCGUUGUCUACGAAGAGGGCGCAGAUGGCGACGGCGCUACGGUCAGGAAGGAAAAGGGCAUACCUGAUAAGGCGGGCGCCCGGCAGAAGUUUUUCCUCAGUGAGCAAAAUCGCAAGGACUUCACCUUUGAAGCAGGCAGGGAGUACCAGUGCGACUUUUUCAACCCGUAUCUGGAUUUCAACGAGUUUGCGCUCAAGAUUGGGUACGGAUUGCCGAAUAUUUCCAUGAUCAGGCAUUGGGACGGACAACCGUUGCGGUAUGUGCUCAAGAACCGCGAAACCAACCAGGAGCUCUUUGUCGUGGUCAUCGAGCUGCUGCCCACGGAGCAGGCCAAGAAGGAGGGCGUCGAGGAUGCGGAGCAAAGGUUUGCACAAGUCCAUGGUGAAGAGGGAGAGAAGGAGACGGGAAAAGCCAGCAAAGACGAUGAGCUGGACUAGGACAUGACGCAGUCAUGCAUGAUGCGCAGCGUGUCUUGGGGGGUAUGCAUCAGCGCGGCGUUAUGGGAUGGGAAUGUAUGAUAGAUAUACACGGCUAUGACUGGUUUGGGUUGGGAUGGAAUUGCCAAGGGCGGUGUUUUGUAUGUGGUAUUACUCGUGUUACUACUACAGCGAAUGAGACUGGCCCUUCCCCCACGGGGUACGAGCGUCGCUGGGUGUACCCGCUGUCCAAUCAACAGCCGGGUCAAGGGCACCGCCUUA